AUCCAUAUGCUUGUGGAUUGGUUGUGGGAAAUAAGAAAUCUGUUCUGCUAGCUAGCCAACACCACACUCCCAGCUGCUGUGACGAGUCGGACACACACGGGCCGGACAAGAAGACAACACCGGGACCCGGAGACAGGACGACGGGACCGAGCGGAACAUUUAUCGGAGCCGAAGUUCGCCGCUACACCAUCUGAGGCGGUGACUGCUGGAAACCAGGAUUUGGACUUUAUCUGACGACCAUGCCUUUUCUGAAACAGCUGUAGUGGUGGUGGAGAAUGGCCGCAGACGUGGAUAAAAGACAGCCGGAUGAUGAGGGCAAGAAUUCACCGCCAAACGGGCACCGGAGUCCGGGUUCUGGAUCCUGGGUGUUACGGCGGAUGUGGACCCUGCUGGUAGUUAGUGCCGUCCCUCUGGUCGCCUUUGGGAUCAAGUAUUAUCAAGAUGCACAGUUCCUCAAACGUCAUGAAGAGAGUGUUCGGACUCUGGGAGCCGAGGGUCUUUUUCUUUUCUCUUCCUUAGACACUAACCAUGACCUUUAUCUCAGUCCAGAGGAGUUUAAACCCAUCGUUGAGAAACUCACAGGGAUUACACCUCCAGUGGAUUUUGAGGAUGAGGUAAUCCAUGACCCCAAUGGAGAAACUUUGACCCUGGAGGCCAAAAUGCAGCCUCUGCAGCUCGACUCCAUGACAAAAAGCAAGGAUGGUUUCCUUGGGGUUUCUCAUAGCUCUCUGAGUGGGCUGCGGGUGUGGAAGUCUCCAGCAGUGCCUUCUUCUUCCUUCUCUGCCAGCCAGUUCAGGGCCUUCCUGCCCCCAAAGAACAAAGGGGAAGUGGGAGACACAUGGUGGGUGAUUCCGAGCGAACUCAACAUCUUCACUGGCUACCUGCCCAACAAUCGCUACCACCCUCCCACACCAAAAGGCAAAGAGGUUCUCAUUCACUCCCUGCUGAGUAUGUUCCACCCUCGGCCCUUCAUCAAAUCGCGUUUCGCUCCUCAGGGCACAGUCGCCUGCAUUCGUGCCAGCAAUGACUUUUAUUAUGACAUUGUCUUCAGGAUUCAUGCAGAAUUCCAGCUCAAUGAUGUGCCAGACUUCCCCUUCUGGUUCACACCGGGUCAGUUCACCGGGAACAUCAUCCUUUCUAAAGAUGCAUCUCAUGUUCGCCACUUCCACCUCUAUGUCCCCAGUAACAGGUCUCUAAAUGUGGACAUGGAGUGGUUGUAUGGGGCGAGUGAGAGCAGCAACAUGGAGGUUGACAUAGGAUAUCUUCCACAGUUGGAGCUGCUGUCCACAGGCCCGUCCACUCCUUCUGUUAUCAUCGAUGAACAGGGAAACGUCAUCGACAGUAAAGACAUCAACGGUGAGCCCAUCCAGUUCAUCUUCGAGGACAUCCACUGGACGUCAGAGAUCAGUCGGCAGGAAGCUGCUCGCCGCCUGGAGGUCACCCUCUACCCCUUUAAGAAGGUGACCUACCUGCCUUUUUCUGAAGCUUUUGAGCGAGCUGAAGCAGAAAAUAAACUGGUGCAUUCCAUUCUGCUCUGGGGGGCUUUAGACGACCAGUCCUGCUGAGGUUCAGGGCGAACUCUCCGGGAAACGGUCCUGGAAAGUUCGCCCGUCCUGGCCCUGCUCAACCAGAGCUUCAUCAGCAGCUGGUCCCUGGUCAAAGAGCUGGAGAACAUGCAGGCUGAUGAGCAGAACCCUGUGUUGAGCGUAAAGGCCCGCCUACACUUGGAAAAGUACAACUUUCCUGUGGAGAUGAUGGUGGCACUGCCAAAUGGAACUAUUGUCCACCACAUCAAUGCCAACUUCUUCCUGGACCAGACAGCCAUGAAACCAGAAGAGGAAGGAGCCACUUUCAGCUUUUCUGGGGGGUUCGAGGACCCCUCCACUUCCACUUAUAUCAGUUUCCUGAAAGAAGGGUUGGAGAAAGCCAAGGAGUAUCUGACACACUAAAACAUGUGUUCGUGGUGCGUCCUGGCCCGAGAGACUCGACUGGAGGAAGUGAUAAUCAUUCCUCAGGGUAAUGCUCCGAGAUAAGAAAACCCUUCACUAAUUAUACACCGGCAGCUGAGAAACAUUUUUGCCUUCUAUCCUGUUUGUUACUAUUUAUUCAGGCAUAGUAUCUGGUCAGAGAUAGUUUUUUACAUUAGUUUAAAUACACACUGAUUUGUAUUGUGACAUGGAAAAGGUCUGGGUAGAAAUACUGCAUCUCAAAUAUAAGGUUACUGACGUAUAGUAGUAGUACAAAGGCUUUAUACACCAAAAGCAGCAAAUAUCUUUAGAUAUGCUUUCUGCUGCUGAUUGGUGUUGGUAUAAAACAAAAUACAGGCCUGCCAAGUUGUUCUCAUGAAUGACAAAUGAAGCGCAUCAUAAUAUAUUAGAAUGUUUAGUUUUCCUUCCAUAUGUUGGUGUUGCUUGUGUAAUAUUUAAGGACUGAGUAUAAGUGUUUUCCUGCUGCUGAGAGUCCCCAAAGACUGGGCCGGUGGGUUGUUGCCUCCUGUUGUGUUCCAGCAUUUUGUGAAGGUCUUGCCCUAAAGCUGUCUCCGAGCUGGGCGGCGCCUGAUGUUAUUGCUGUGGCAGCCGGAGGGAACACCCAUCUGAGAGUCAGGGGACGACGGCAGCUGAAGAAAACUGGACUGUUGCACAUUAGAUCACGACAUGAAUUCAGUUUAUUUGAUGUUUUCUUCUAUUUUGAGUUUGAAACCAAAUGUUGAGUGUUUUGUAUCCAUGUGGCAGUUCACACACGACCACACCAAAGAAGUUUUAACGCGCAGUAGAGCAGGUGUCGUUGCCACGUGGUUCAUAUUUAUGCAACUGUCUGGAACGCAAAAUAAUUUGCUUCUUGACUUUAAAGGCACAUGAUGACACAAUGUAUUGUGUUUAUCCCCUUUUAGGCUUCAUUCAGGUUCACGUGUUUCCUCCACUGUCUUUAUAUUCAGAACAAAAAAGAUGCUACCAGCAAAACUGCACAUCAUGUCUGCAAAGAAAUGUUUCCCAUAGUCAUGAAAAACCUGGAAAAGACAUGGAAUUUGAUUUUUAGGCCUGUAAACUCUUCACCAUUUUUAGAUUGAAGUAGGUCAAAUUAUGCAAAAACUGGCAGCAAAUCAUAUGUUAGAGCUGAUUUAGAAGACUUUCAGAUUUAGACACUGAAGAGAAAUGUUAAAAAUGGAGUCAACCUCAGGGUUUUCCUUUGAUUUCUGGAUGCUUAGGUCCUUGGAUGCCAUUUUAUUUUCAUUAUUUGCCUAAAAACAAUGCAUAAUGUUACAUCUAUUAUUACACUUAAUAGAAAAUGGACCGUUAGUAUUUGAAGAGAAUAUGAAAAUAACUGGCAAUAAGAGAAUGAGAAGAGCUGCUCCUCGGUUAAUUACUAAUUAUAUUUAUGGUUGUGAAUAUCUCAGAAAUUAUGAGACCUUGACAGUAUUUUGAAAUUUAGUCUGAAAAAUUAAUAGAGCAGACUGUCAUUGUGAUAAGGCACAAUUAAUAUAUGUAAAAAUGUGAGGGAAUCCUGUUUUUUAUUUAAUUAAAAGUAUCCAAACUGAGGUAUUUAGGUGCAAGACAAGAAGUACAGCCCCGAAGGCCAAAACAGAAUAUCAGUCUGCUCACUGCAGGACUCCAGAUGAUUCAUUUCAAUUUUUAAAAUAUUCUCUCUUGUUGGGAACAUUUCAGUUCAGCAGCUCUUCAGGGAGGAGCACAAGAGAAGGUUUUAAAGAAUAAAAUUAUGCAUUCAGAGCCAUUCAUUGUUGGGUUUUGUGUGAAACAGAUCAACUCAUUUAAAUUCCUACCUGUGAUGUUUGAUAUAUGAGAAAAACACUGAAUUAAAAUGUGACUCACUUUCAGUCCAUUUCAGUCCAUGUCUGCUUGGAGCCUUUAGGGAGAAAACACUACAGCUCUGUAACCUAUGAGUGCCACUUUUUCAUAAGGUGAAAUAAAUCAUUUUUUACAAA